AUGGACGCACCCACAACCCCAUUCACCUUCGAACUCCCCGUCGAUACUAGAAGCACGAACGACGCGCCGAACAAACGCCCACGCACCGUAGGGACCUCAGACCUUCGUGGACAUCUGUUUGAAGAAGAACGCACAGCGCAGCGUAAGCAGCCGAACAGUCAGCCACCCCCCCCGCCACCCACGACCACUGUCCCACGCACUGAGCUCCCGAUACCGAGGAAGGCCCCCAAGGACAUGUCGCUCGCCUCCGCUCUAUACGAUCCCGGUAAUUUUGCCGGCCUCCCUACGGCGACAGAGGAAAACCCCCACCGUUGGUCAACGCGUCGCGGGGAGGCACCACUCCUGCCGAUUAACAUCGACGCGCUCGGAAUCCCAGACGAAACCUUCCCCCACGCGCACGUCCCGGAAUUCCGAAUUUUCGGUAAUGUUGACGAGGCUCAGAUCAAACGUCUCCGCGCCAUCACCAACCCGCUGGUUGCGAUCGUGAUACACGGUGGCGGUCAAGACCUCAACAAGUCGGGCGCCGCCUUGCAAGAGGCCAUGACCAUCCUUCUCUCCAAAAUCGCCUUCCCGCCCUCCCAAGCUGAGACGCAGCGGAUGGCGGUCGACGGAUCGCUGUCGGGAACCGAGACUACCGCCGACGACCCCACUAGCACCAGUGGCGCGGACGGGUCAGGCGACCCGACGGGCCCGGACGACCUCGUGUCCAACGGCCUACCAACGACUAAGAAACCGUCGCCUGGCGUGCGCAUCCACCUCCCGAUAGUGCGCGUCCCAAAGAAGAACAACGCUUUUGGGCAACCUUGGACGUGGUUCGCUGACCUGGGUCCGAACUCGGAACACCUGCGAAAGUGGCUCCUAUAUCAGGAGGUUUUCCCGAUCUCCCCCUCACUCUCCUUCUCCGUCCACCCCAUAACUGGGGUAACAGUGCAACCGUGGACCAUUAUGGUGCUCACGGGGAGAGACAGGUACGCGGUAGAGGAUACGCGCGAAGCGUGCCAGGAGGUCGCAAAGGAGAUCAAGUCCUUUCUCUGGGCGGACCGCGACUUCACCGUGCGAACCGCGCGCUACGUCGAGCAAAAUUGGGGACUCCGGGGCGCUCCUGCCACCCUCGUCAAGUACAUGACCGACACGAUUGAGGUCGUGUAUACCAUCGCGGAGCUGAAGACGUCUCGAAAGGAGGUCCCCGCGUACUCGGUCUACGCCAAACCGAUCUCGAACGACCCGGAGGCGUAUCUCAAGUGGGCGGCGAAGUUUCAGGAAGGAGUGUACUGGCGAGGACCGUGCCUUCUGGAAGUUAACAAAGCGGCCGUCGAAUGCAAACUCUGCAAGGAUACAUCCCAUUCCACACGCGCAUGCCCGCUGGACGUAGCUGGAUGGAAGGGUACUGUAGUACAGGAUAUACUUACGACGCAAGAGAUAGAGGCGCGUACGGCGGGUACGGACACCGCAGAGAGGCCGCAAGAUGGCCACGACUGGCAACAAGCACGGGCCAGGCGAGCCGAACAAGGUGCGCGCCCCCAGAAGCCCGGGAGGCAGCAGCAGAGGAACCGGCGCACAAUGGACAACAAAGGGAAGGGGAAGGAUGUACGCCGCUGA